GUGACACAGAAACCCACGCACGAGUUUGAGUACCCUGACGUUGGCAACACCGCUUACUUUUACCUUGAAUCUCACAAACACAUUCUGUUCCUUUGUUCCUUUCCACCCCAAUAACCCACGCAAAAACCUUAAAUUGCCCAUUAAAACUGAAACCCCUUUUGUUUUUUGCCUUAGAUCACAACUGCAAAAGGGUCACAGCUUCUCGGGUUUGUUUCCUUUUGAGACCACAUUCAAUUUUUUGAUGUGAAUCCUCACAACAAUGUCUGGGUUGGAGGAAUUGAGAAAAAAGCUUGCACCUUUAUUUGAUGCCGAGAAGGGGUUCUCAUCAAGUUCAACGUUGGACCCUUGUGAUUCUUACACAUUCUCGGAUGGUGGGACUGUGAACUUGUUGAGUAGAUCAUAUGGGGUGUACAAUAUCAACGAGCUUGGGUUGCAGAAGUGCACAUCUAGGUCCGUGGAUGAAACUGAUCACAGUGAGAAAACGUAUAGGUGUGGUUCUCAUGAGAUGAGAAUCUUUGGAGCAAUAGGGAGUGGUGCCAGUAGUGUUGUGCAGAGAGCUAUACAUAUACCAACACAUAGGAUUCUGGCAUUAAAGAAGAUCAACAUCUUCGAGAAGGAGAAAAGGCAGCAGCUCCUUACUGAGAUAAGGACAUUAUGUGAAGCACCGUGUUAUGAGGGUCUUGUAGAAUUUCAUGGGGCAUUUUACACUCCAGACUCUGGACAGAUAAGCAUAGCUUUGGAGUACAUGGAUGGAGGAUCGCUUGCAGAUAUCUUACGAAUGCAUAGAAGGAUACCUGAACCUAUUCUAUCUUCCAUGUUUCAGAAGCUCCUGCAUGGUCUAAGCUAUCUCCAUGGAGUUAGACAUCUAGUUCACAGAGACAUAAAGCCUGCCAAUCUACUAGUAAAUCUCAAGGGGGAGCCAAAGAUUACUGAUUUUGGUAUUAGUGCCGGCUUAGAGAAUUCAGUGGCAAUGUGUGCUACAUUUGUUGGAACUGUUACAUAUAUGUCACCUGAGAGGAUUCGAAAUGAAAGCUAUUCUUAUCCAGCUGAUAUUUGGAGCCUUGGUCUUGCACUUUUUGAGUGUGGGACAGGAGAAUUCCCGUAUACUGCAAAUGAAGGUCCUGUCAAUCUUAUGUUGCAGAUCCUGGAUGAUCCAUCACCAUCACCAUUGAAAAACAAGUUUUCACCUGAAUUCUGCUCUUUUGUUGAUGCUUGCUUACAAAAGGAUCCAGAUACUAGGCCAACAGCAGAGCAGCUGCUUUCGCACCCCUUUAUCACAAAGCAUGAUGAUGCCAAGGUUGAUUUGGCAGGAUUUGUUCGAAGCGUUUUUGAUCCUACACAAAGAUUGAAGGAUUUAGCAGAUAUGUUGACAAUACAUUAUUACUUGCUAUUUGAUGGACCUGAUGAUUUGUGGCAACAUACAAAGAAUUUAUAUAGCGAAAGCUCAAUUUUCAGUUUCUCUGGGAAACAACAUUGUGGUCCAAGUAAUAUCUUUACAUCUCUAUCAAGUAUUAGAACUACAUUAGUUGGUGACUGGCCUCCUGAAAAGUUGGUGCAUGUUGUUGAGAGGCUCCAAUGCCGCGCUCACGGUGAAGAUGGAGUUGCAAUUAGGGUAUCGGGAUCCUUCAUAAUUGGAAAUCAGUUCCUCAUAUGUGGAGAUGGCAUUCAAGUAGAGGGCUUGCCAAACUUCAAGGAUCUUGGAAUUGACAUUCCUAGCAAAAGAAUGGGUAUAUUUCAUGAACAAUUCAUUGUGGAACCAAAAAGCCUUAUUGGAUGCUACACCAUUGUCAAACAAGAGCUAUACAUUAACCAAUAACCAGUAAUGUUAUAUUACAUUAUGGUGUCACUUGGUCACACAAUUCGACACACAUAACACCAAGAAUCUUGAUUUUCACAGAAUCCUGUUCUCCCACGUGUAAAAACACUUACAAAUUUGCCAUGUAUCCAUUUUUUGAAAAAUUGUUUAUAGUGAUAUGAAUUCAUUUAAAUUUAGCAUUUGAUUUUGUUACAA